GUUCCAAAAGUGUGGUGUCCAUGAAGAAUCGUCAUCUCAAUUUCCCCACGAUUCCAUACUUCCAUUUACGACAGGGAGACAUGUAUAAUAUCAUCCAAGAUGUUAAGCAAGGCAAAAGGAAGCAAAUAGAAUUAAUCAGAAAUGAACGUGCAAAACGUCUUUUAUGUUUGAAAUUUGAUAGAUUCAUCAAUUUUCGUCCAGUGCAUAAUUGCGGUAUAAAUAGUUUGGAUUUAGAUUCAAAAGAAAACAGAUUCAUGUUAUCAGGUGGGCACGAUGGCAUAAUAGCCCUCCAUGAUACAGGGAAAAAGCAAGCAAAAGAGUCAAGAAUUGCCUACAAUUGUUUAUUCACCAUUAAUGAAUUUAACAACAAAGACAAGCACAGUUGCGGUGUCUACGAUGUGAAAUGGCUUCCUCAAGAAACAAACGCUUUUUUAUCAUGGAGUUGUGACAGGUACAUAAAAAUCUGGGAUACAAGAUGUGUUCAAGUCAAUAGCGAGUUCCAUUUCUCAAGACCUGUGUAUAAAAUAGCAUUACCUAAACUUGCCAUACGGAGUUCAUUGCUAGCUGUUGGACGUGGAGCUCCUAAUUAUUCCGUUGAGCUCAUUGACUUGCGAUGUGGUGAAAUAAACUGUAAAUUUAAUGGUCAUAGUCAAUUAGUUUCCUCUCUCUCCUGGUCAAAAACCAAUGAAAAUAUCAUUGCUAGUGGUUCAGAUGAUUGUAAAAUUAGUAUAUGGGAUAUUAGAAACGGAAAAGACUGCCUCCUCUCUGCCAAGUCUGACGAGACAGAAGAGGAUUAUAAUUCCAGGGCUCACAGUGGCCCUAUAACAGCUUUAGAAUUUACGGAUGACGGUUUGUAUUUGAUCAGCCUCGGCGAAGAUAACAAACUUAGAUUGUGGUGCGCAUUAACGGGAAAUCUUGUGUACGAGAAAGAAAUAUUCAAAGUUUCAUUAGGAAUGUCAAUCACAGAAGAAUGUAAUCCCGAUUUGAUUUUCAUUCCUUCGGGGAAUACCGUCGACAUCAUUAAUUUAAGGGAUGGAAAAUACCUUAACACCCUUCAAAACGGUCAAUCUGGCCGCAUUAAUUGCACCUGCCUAAAUAACUCAACUCUGGAAUUAUACAGCGGUGGAGUUGAUGGUAAUAUCCAUUGCUGGAAUGAUGAAAAAAACUGCCACUAAAAUACUCUUUAAUAUUCGUCAAAAUUUGUCAUUUGGAAAAAUUUUAACCUUUUGGUUCCACUAUUUUAACGUUUUCAAGAAGACUUUUGUAUUAUAAAAAAAAAGAAAAAAAUAUCAAUUUACACUGAAACUGUAAAUGUCUGUAAAAUAAAAAUCAAUAAAAACCGCUUCUCAUUUUAAGGAAACACAUGGUUUAUUUGACCGUUAAAUUACCUCUCUCUUAACGAUUUUCAGUCAGCAUGAAACGGGAAAAUGCCAUUAUGAACAUAUGGCGAAUAAAAUUAUUUAAUAGGUAACAAAACGAUCAAGUAUGUAUAUUUAUUAUCCCACAUUGUUCACUCUUUGAAAAACAGCUAAUAAAAUCGAAUUUUUUGAUAAAUUACUGAUUAAUUAUCUGGUUUACACGCGGGUAUAUUUUUGUUUUGUAAUAUAAAAUAACUAAGAAUUUAUGAUAAUAAAAAAAACACAACAAAACAUGAUAGAUGGCAUUGCAAGCAACAUUUGGGGCCACACUGAAGAAUAGAAAAGUAUAGUAAAACCGGUUACCAGUGAGACAUACUAAAACUGGGUUUAUAAUUUUUCCAGUGAUACUUCAUAAACUGUUUCAUUUUAAUUUUUCACAUUUUAAAAUAUGAUGUAAUUUAUGAUUCUUCUUGUCGUUCUUUUGCACUUUUCGCAGUUAAUGAAAGUUUUUUAUUAAAUGUUUUGUACAACGACAAGUUUCAUCUCUUCUAAGAAGUCUUUUGCAAGUUGUAAUGCUACGUAGUGAAUUACUUCUAGUUAAAGAAGGAUUUUUUAUAGGAUUGUCAAAGAUUUCCCCAAUAUUAACCCUUUUAAUUAACUGUAAUCCUAGCUUAAGCGUUUCAAUUAGUAUGCUAGCAGAAUGACAAACCCAGUUUUAGUAAGCCCCAUAUGUGACUGGUAACCGGUUUGACUGUGCUUCUGUUCUCCAGUGCAGCCAAACUUGACUCCGAUAGCACCGCCACCUAUAACCCAAAGGUGUUUUCAAUAGCAAUCAGAGCGUAAAAAAUAGUAAAUAAAGUCAAUUCUUGAUGCAAUGAAACUGCAUUGUCGAUCACAUGUAAGUCCCUGAGAUCUGUCCUGUUUGUCGACGGGACAAAACCUUUUUCGAUUUUUAAUCGAACAGCGUCUCUUUGCGCAUACAUUGAUAUUAGGCUCGUAUUAAAAUCACCAAACUGUAGCGUAUCAAACAUACAGCUAUCAAAAUAAUUGUCCGUUGUGAUUGUUUCACAAACUCCUUUAGCUUCGGGAAUCUUUUUCUUUUCAGUUUUGAUAACUAAUCUAUCGCAAUUCGUAUCACAAAGCUGAUAAUAUCGUUGGUUAACGGCGAAUAACUCCGGCACCGAUAUGGAGAAGGAAAGGGCAAUUGAAGAACGUCUUAUAAUUAUUGUGGAAUUCAUGUAGCGAAUAAAUAUUUCUACUUCGUCAUUGUUACGAAAUAGUCGAAUACUCCUAGAGUCCCCACCUUCGGUAAGACCAUUACUUAGAACGAACGGAAGGGGAUUGCUUCCAGAUAUGUCAGCAGUAUACGAUAAAUAGUGCUCCUCGGGUGUGCAACUGUCAGUUGGGUGGCUUUUGAAUAUAACUGUCACCUGUUCAAAUGAAGAGAAGUUAGAUAUUAUGCAAUAAAUGAUUGCUUGUGAUAUAAGCUACCCCUUUCCCACGAGAAUUAUCUUUGAUUAAUCUUUAAAUAGAAAAUAUAUUUUAUUGGACAGAAAAUUAUCAUUGAUAAGGCACGCGGAUCCGAUUCUGAUAUGAUAAGUUAGGUACAAGUAUAGGCCUACUUCAGAUUCUAUAAGUACUUAAAAAGUGACAUAAAUAAACAAAAUUGGCAACCUGAUAAAACCAUUUAACCCAAUAGCAUCUCAAUUAUAUGGAGAGAAAUUCGCAUUGAGGAAUAAAAUUAAACUAGUAUAGUAAUUUAGAGUAGCAAAAGGAAUUUUACCAGAUAGUUAUCAAAUGAUAAUGAUUCUAUAACAAAUUUGUUUAUCGCAAUCUUCCAGAUAAAGAAUUGAAUACACAGAUUUUUUCAAAUUAAACGGACAAAAAAAAAUUUAAUCAAA